AUGGCCUUCACUUCACCAUUAUCGACCUGGAGUUUGAGACAGCAAUUGAGUCUUGCAUUGGUUAUCUUGGCGCUGGCUCUCGUGUCAGUCGUUAUCUAUGGCUGCUUCUUGCAUCCUCUCCGCCGCAUUCCUGGCCCAUUUCUGGCCAAAUUCUCUCCGCUAUGGAUUAUGAGGGCUCUGCACCGCAUGAGAUUCAACUCGGAACUGCAAUCUCUUCAUCAACAAUACGGACCUGUUGUGCGAGUCGGACCCAACGAAGUCUCGUUUGCUUCACUUGAAGCGGAAACAGCAAUUUACGCGAAACAAGAGGAUGGUCGCUUUUCCAAGGAUGGGACCUUCUUGACGCUCUUCUCGGACCUCGUAUUGAACGCUCCGACCCUCAUCACCAUACCUGACCCUGCACUUCACAGGAAAUUGCACAAGGUGAUCCAGCAAGCCUUCACCCCUCAGGCGCUUGCAAGGCAAGAACCUAUCCAGAAGCUGCAUAUUGACAUGGCCAUGUCCGAAUUCGAAGAACUUGCCAAGAGCGGCGGUACCGUGGACAUCGCUGACACGUUGGAGACGAUGUUCUGGGAAAUCAUUGGUGAUCUUGCUUUCGGCGAACCUCUCAUGUCUGGAAAGCGCCCUACUUACGAGUCAUUGAAGCAGCUUGGUAAAUCUACGAUGCCCAUGGUCGAAGCCUUGAGCUUUUUCCUCGCCCUGCCUGGGAUUGCCCCAGUACUUGGGAUUGCUAGAAGCCUCAUCACAGCAUUGCCGUUUCCGUCGCAACUCUCCAAGCUUGUGCCGUCUUCGAAGUUGCGCGACUGUGCCGAAAGGCAAGACGGAAGAGAAGACUUCCUGACCGCUAUCAUGGGCAGCGAGAAGCAGGACCUGACGCUCGACGCGGAUGCAUUCUUCAGUAAUGCCAUGGGACUGACCCUGGCCGGAUACCAGACAACAGCUACGACACUGUCCGCAACUUUCUACCACAUCUUGCGCUAUCCUGAGGCGUAUAACAGAGUUUGCUUCGAGAUCCGCUCGACCUUUGCCAGUGACGAAGAAAUCACAGGAGCGCGGCUCGGCAGGCUGCCAUUCCUGAACGCCUGUAUCCGAGAGACCCUGAGGUUACUUCCACCCGCAAACGGCAAAACUGCACAGCGUACUGCUCCUUCAUGCACCAUAGAUGGGGUGCACAUCCCUGCCGGUACCAUAGUCUCCACUGAUCUUUACACAAUCCAAAGGUCGCCGGAGUAUUUCGUAGACCCCGCCAGCUUCCGCCCCGAGAGAUGGCUCGAUGGUGCGGAAGACACCGAGUUCAAGGGGGACAACAGGACCGCUUAUCGUCCUUUCCUCAUUGGAAGUAGGGCAUGUAUCGGCAGGGAGAUGGCGCAGCAGAGCAUCCGACUCAUUGUUGCAAAAUUGCUUUGGAGAUAUGACUUUCAGCAGCUGGAUCAGGACGGAUUUGUUUGGGAGCGCGACGCUGGCAGUAGUCUCAUUUACACGGACUACAAGGUCAUGGUACAUGUGAUGAAAGCCAGCGGCAGAUCAUAA